AUGGUAGGCAAACAAUGUGAUGCAGAUGGUAUAUAUCUCCCUCCUGGCACUCCUCCUCCUCCUCCUGAGAAUGUAGCCUCGGACGACUGGACACCCUUUCAUAGCCGUGCGGAAUUUGAAACAGCGGAGUUUCUGUACACGCAAAAUCAGAUGUCGGCUGGUCAGAUCAACCGACUGUUGGACUUAUGGGCAUCUACCCUCGCAAAGCACAAUGACAGGCCACCAUUUGCAGAUCACCGUGAUCUUUACACAGUCAUUGAUAGUUCACCCUUUGGAGACGUGAAAUGGCAAUGUUUCAUGGUGGCCUAUGACGGUGAGAGACCCGAAAAUCCCAAGCCCUGGAUGGAUGAUAAGUACGAUGUAUGGUUCCGUGACCCACGUGAGGUGACACGCAACAUGCUUGCCAACUCAGCAUAUGCUAAUGAAUUUGACUACCGCCCAUAUCGAGAAUACUCUACAGAGAAUGAUCAGCGUCAGUGGAAGGAUUUCAUGUCAGGCGACUGGGCAGACAAAAUUGCUAAAGAUCCAAAGACGCCUGGCUUGAUGUUCGUCCCUAUCAUCCUCGGUAGUGACAAAACAACUGUUUCAGUCGGUACAGGGAAUAAUGAAUAUUACCCGCUUUAUGCAUCAAUCAGGAAUAUUUGCAACAAUCCAACCUUCCGAAAUUUUCAUCGACAAUUAUUUCACUCGUCACUCUUGAAGAUUCUCAGUUCACUUAAGCCAGGCAUGACGACACCCGAAGUUGCACAUUUUGGAGAUGGUCACUACUGGCGAGUUGUAUAUGGGCUAGGACCUUACAUCGCAGACUACGAGGAGCAAGUACUAUUGACGUGUAUUGUUCGCAGUCGGUGUCCUAAAUGUAUGGCACCUUGUGCCAAUCUUGAUCAAGACUCGUUGUGUUGUUGCCGUGACUAUGUAGAGGCGCUUAUUGAAGAAGGUCCCUUGGGUAACUUGUGGAAUGAAGCAGGGAUAGUUCCAGAACUUGUGGUAUCCAUUACAAACGACUUCCCCCGAGCCGAUAUAUACCAAAUGAUCUCACCCGACAUCCUCCAUCAGCUCAUCAAAGGCGCCUUCAAGGACCACCUUGUGGAAUGGGUUGAAAAAUACCUCAGACACGUUCAUCCAAAACGACGUGCAGAGCAAAUUUUAGAUGAUAUUGAUCGCAGGAUUGCCGCUGGACGCGGCUUCAAGCAAUGGAUGGGAGAUGACUCUAAGGCCCUGAUGAAGGUCUAUUUGCCUGCAAUUGAGGGUCAUGUACCUACUGAUAUCGUGCAUGCCUUCUGUGCACUCCUAGAAUUUUGCUACCUCGUUUGCCGCAAUAUUAUCACAGAGGAUGUUCUAGUUGAGAUCGAAGAUGCACUCUCAUGGUUUCAUCAUUAUCGUGAAAUCUUCAAGACAUCGGGUACUAUUCCUACCUUCUUGCUGCCUCCGGUCAAAGAACCUUGGAGACGAUCGAGCUGUUUUUGUGCGCUUGGUCAAAUGCUAUUGAUCAAUCAACGGCUUGACAAAAUUUCAGCAGCACGAGUUGAAUUCACACCAGCUAUGAAUGCCUUAGGUAAUAUUGAUGGGGACCUCGAAAUUGAUGACGGACCAACCGUUUUACAAGCCUUCGUGCAGCUGGCAAAAACCCCCUGGAAAAAGCGUGCUCAAACUGUCCCUGCACUCGCUGAAGAACUCAGUAUACCUCGUCUUCCUGACCUCCUUGUACAGUUUUUAUUCCAACAAUUACACCCUGAUGAUCACCGCGACCCAUGUGAUGUACCUCUUGCGGAAUGUCCUCGCUAUCUCAACAAAAUAUUGGUUUUUAAUUCAGCCUCACCAUGCUUCUAUGCGCCCAGUGAUUUGAGCAGUAGCGGUGGCAUGCGCACUGAGCACAUCUGCUCUUCUCCAUCCUGGCGCAAUGAGCACUCGCGCUACGACUGUGUUUUUGUUGCUCGAGUUCGCACUUUUUUGUCAUUCAAGUAUCGGGGUAAUACAUAUCCCUGCGCCGUGAUACACUGGUUUGACAAGGUUGGCAACACUGCAGACGAAGAUACGGGAAUGUGGAUCGUUAGUCCCGCAGGUGGCGCAUCCAAGCACGCUGUCAUUCACAUUGACGCUAUCUAUCGUGCUGCGCAUCUCAUUCCGGUGUAUGGCAUGGAGUUUUUGCCUCAGGGAUUCAAAUGCCACGACUUGUAUGACACAUUUCGAACUUACUAUGUGAAUAAGUAUGCUGACCACCAUGCAUUUGAGAUUGCAUUUUGA